CUCUCUCUCUCUCUCUCUCUCUCUCUCUCUCUCUCUCUCUCUCUCUACACUGAUCAUCAUCUCCGGCGAAGAUAAUGAGCAACCCCGAUCAAACUCCGCCCCACCGUGGCCGAGCCCCGAUACGCCGCAAUGUAGGACAAGGCUCCUCCUCCGGCGGCCGCGGCGGCGCCCCUGUCCCUGGGCAAGAACCACAACCACCGGCUCCCCAUCCUGCAGGCCGAGGAAUCACAUCUGAAAUUCCUCAUGGAGUUCAAUUCGGUGUGGAGGGUGGGGGUUCGGGUACGGUGGACCCGAGUGUGGGCGGCGGUUCGGGUGGUGGGUCAGCGGCGGUGUUGCGAAUCGGGGGUGUUUCUGGUAGUGGUAGUGGUGGGGUUGUUCAAAGGAAAAGAACAAGAGAGGGGGACGACGGAGCGGGCCCGUCUAGGCCAGUCAGAGAUGUCCCGCCACCUCCACCUCCUCCUCCUCCACCGCCCCCACCGCCAGCAGGGGCGGAGGUGGAGGGGCAGGGCAUUUUCUAUUGCAGUAUCUGCGACAGGUACUUCGACUCGGACAGGGGGUUAUGUGGUCAUCUGAGAACCCACGCGGAUCGCGGGUACCGAGGCGCUUUUCCGCCCCCAACUUUUACCCGGCAGGAAUUCGUUGACGAGGGGGUGGAGCACCUGCUGAACCCACUUGACGGCGGAGACGUGGCUGGUCAAGGCGGCGUGGCAGUGGAACCCCCUGCGGCUGAGGGAGGGGGAGUUGGGGCUCCCGCCGGGCCAAAUGUGGAGGAGAGAGCGGAGGGAGCGGCGGAGGCUUCUGGUGAGGCGGAGAGAAGAAGAAAUCUUGACCUCAACGCCCCGCCUCCAAGAGACGAACGUGGAGAUUUCAUAUGAUAUAAGUCCAAGAACAGUAAAGUUACGUACACAGAAAAAAUGGGUUCUAGUUAGGUGUAACGUACGGGACCGCAUAUAACGUGAAUUCGAGUCACGAUAUGAUUUUUUCUGUGUACGUAGCAUUGUUGUUCGAGGGAUUAUUUUACUUACCGGUUUAGAAAUCGGAGAGAUGUUUUUGGAGUUUUCUUCGUAAAAUGUUCUAACAAUGUGUAUGUUAUGUGUAACACAUUCUUUUCUUUUGUUUUAUUUUAUCUAUCCGCUGUUUAAGAAGGUAAAUUUGAUUGCUCUGAGGUUUAUGUUUCAUUUCC